UACAUUCCAACACGCUUAACCGAAUAUAUUCAAGUGGUAUUGUUAAGGAUUGUUAAGGAUGAACGAAUCCGGUGUUGAUGAAUCACUACACCAAGAAGGAAAAGACCGUAGUCUUUACAUUUGCACCUCCGCUGCCAGUUUUUUACUUUGCCUAUUUAUGUUCUACUUUGUAAGCCCAAGGUUCUCAUCUCUGGUCUCCUCAGGAUACCAUGAACUCCCUUAUGCCAAAAAAAUUGACUGGGACACCAGGAUUGGUUCAAAUGUGCAUGCAGUGAUUGUCAGCACAAUUAGCUUGUAUUGUUAUGCCUUUGAUACAGAAACAACACUGAAUCCUGUUAAAAAUGAUGCUGUACUAGUGAGAGUAGGGGUUGCCAUAACAAUGGGCUACAUCUUAGCAGAUUUCCUCAUUAUAACUUUAUCUUACAAGUACAUUGGAGAUUUGUUCACCUUGGUACACCAUGUCAUGGCAAUAUGGGCAUACUAUUUUGUAGUAGUUUAUGGAGUUUUAAUUUAUUUUGCUAAUGUUCGUCAACUUGCGGAGAUUUCCACACCAUUUGUAAAUCAGAGGUGGUUCCUUGACGCUAUUAGUCAUCCAAGGACAUCUAGUGGCUUUGUUAUCAAUGGCUAUCUUAUGGGGGCUGCAUUCUUCCUUUGCAGGAUACUAGUAAUGCCAAUAUACUAUUACAAGUGCUAUUCAGUUUGGGGAACUGAAGAACAGCACAACUUGGGGUUUCUUAUAAACUUUUACUGGAUUUUCACCUGCAUUGUGUUAGAUGCAAUAAAUUUGUAUUGGUUUGCUAAGAUAGUCAAGGGUGCUAUGAAACGUAGAAGUCUUGGGUGGAGAUUUACAUCAAUCUUAGAAGACCGUGAUUAUGCAGACGACGUCGCAUUACUAGCCAGUAACUGCACUCAUAUGCAGGAGAAAUCAAGCAGGUUGCUUGCCAUCGCAAGUUUUAUUGGAUUAGAAUUCAAUACUAAGAGAGCCAAGAUCAUGAGGCUCAAUAGCAAGUCCCAGCAUCAAAUCUUUAUAAAUGGAACACCCUUAGAGGAUGUGGACAAAUUUGUCUACCUUGGGUCUGAUAUGGAUCCAGCGGGGCAAAGACAGAUAUCAGCAGGAGACUAUACCUCGCUAGAGGUACCUUUGUAA